CUUUUUAAAAAUACAAUGGCUCGACAAGGGAAUGGCUCUUCUGAACAGCCGUUGGAAUUAGCUCUCAAAAUAAUUAGUGGAUCCCUUCACUAGCACCCGGGAAAACAAGUGGGACGGUACAAACCAAAAUGUUUUACCAUAUAAAGUUAGAACAUGAAAUAUUAUUACACCCAAAAUAUUUUGGACCGAAUCUAACAGAAACAGUGAAAACCAAGUUGUUUUCGGACGUCGAAGGAACGUGCUCUGGAAAGUAUGGCUUUAUCAUCGCUGUUACGAAUAUAGAGCAUAUCGGUGCUGGUAUGAUACAGCCAAACAGAGGAUUUGUGCAAUACCGUAUAGUAUAUCGUGCCAUCGUCUACCGGCCGUUCAAGGGCGAGGUCGUAGAUGCUAUCGUUACCCAGGUUACUAAAGUUGGUGUGUUUGCGGAAGCUGGCCCUCUCACUAUUUUUAUUUCUAAAUAUUCUGUUCCUUCCAAUAUUAAAUUUGAAGGUGCUGAGACCACUACCGACGGUCUCAACGAAGAAGAUGAAGAAGAGACCCAAACAGUACAGAUUGAAGACCGUAUUAGAAUCCGCAUAAUUGGUCUCCGAGUUGACGCCAGUGAUAUCUUCGCCGUUGGCACACUAAUGGAUGAUUAUCUUGGUCCAUGCACCUAGUUUCUAAACUUUUGAAUUUUAGUAAAUUUGUUCAGACUAUCGUCUUCCAGUGAAAUCGUUUCGAAGAUAACUGCUUUUGUACAAAUAUGGCAAUCGAUUCUACUGUAAAUAUAUACUUUUGUAUAAAUAUAAAUAUUUGUUAGUGAUUAUUGGUACUCCCUUAUUUCCGAAAUAUAUCAGGGAAACAGAAAUAUCAGCAGAAAUGCUGCUUUUCUUAGCAACAAGGGAAGGGAAAGUGAUCAAAAGUAUAUUGUUUAUUCCAGAAAAU